CCUUCCAAGUAAACGGUACAGUUUUAUCCGUUACAGAGAGAGAAAAAAUGAACAUCUUCUCAUCUUCUCCGUCUGCUUCUUCUUCUUCUUCAACCUCCAAAUUCACUCUCUUCUCUACUUCUCAAAACCCAAACCCUUCAAAAUUCCACUCCUUCAAAGUCCCCAUCAAAACCCUCCUCCCGCGUCCCCUCUUGCCUCCGCCCUUGUCCUCUCACCAACCACCGCUUCUCCACGAAAAUCCCCAAUCCUUCAACUCAACCGCCACCGGUCGCGGCGGCGACGGCGGAGAUGAAAAUGAUGAGGAUGGAGGCAAUGGAGAUAUCAGAACUGCGAAAGAGUCUCUGGAGGAGUUGCUGGUGGUUCGGAGGCCAGUUAUGGAGGUUUCGGAGGAAGAUGGAGGCGGCGAUGAUGAGUUAUCUUCGUCAGCAAUUAUCGAUGUGGGGCUUUCGGAGUUUGCGAGGAAGAUGCCGAUUUUUGAGCCGGAGAGGGUGGAAUUGAGCUCUGGGGAUAAGCCUCUUGUGGUGAAUUUGGAUUUGGCUUUGUAUCGUGCAAAGGUGCUUGCGAGGAGCUUUCGGUAUAAUGAAGCAGAGAAACUUCUUCAGAAGUGUAUUAAUACUUGGCCUGAAGAUGGGAGACCAUAUGUGGCACUGGGGAAGAUUUUAAGCAAGCAAUCAAAGACAGCUGAAGCCAGAGCUGUGUAUGAGAAAGGCUGCCAAGCAACACAAGGUGAAAAUGCCUACAUUUGGCAGUGUUGGGCUGUUCUGGAAAAUAAGAUCGGAAAUGUAAGGAGAGCUCGAGAAUUAUUUGAUGCUGCCACUGUUGCUGAUAAGAGACAUAUUGCAGCCUGGCAUGGAUGGGCAGUUUUGGAGCUAAAACAAGGAAAUAUAAAGAAGGCAAGAAAUCUCCUUGGUAAAGGUCUCAAAUAUUGUGGUGGAAACGAGUACAUAUACCAGACACUUGCAUUGCUUGAGGUUAAAGCAACCCGUUAUGAGCAGGCGAGGUAUUUAUUCAAGCAGGCCACCAAAUCUAAUCCCAAAAGCUGUGCAAGCUGGCUUGCGUGGGCACAAUUAGAGAUGCAACGGGAAAACAACGGCACUGCUCAGCAACUUUUUGAGAAAGCAGUCCAAGCCAGUCCAAAGAAUAGGUUUGCCUGGCAUGUAUGGGGAGUCUUUGAAGCUAAUCGGGGGAAUAUUGAUUUUGGAAGGAAACUUCUAAAGAUAGGUCAUGCAGUGAAUCCUAGGGAUCCUGUUCUUCUUCAGUCUCUUGCAUUAUUGGAAUACAAAUACUCAACUGCAAAUUAUGCCCGAGUGCUGUUCAAGAGAGCAUCUGAACUGGACCCAAGGCACCAACCUGUAUGGAUUGCUUGGGGGUGGAUGGAGUGGAAAGAAGGAAACAUAUCCACAGCCAGGGAACUCUACCAAAAAGCAUUAUCAAUCAAUUCAACCACCGAAAGUGCUGCCCGAUGCCUUCAGGCUUGGGGAGUUUUAGAGCAGAGAGUUGGCAACCUAUCAGCUGCCCGGAGUCUAUUUAGAUCUUCUCUAAACAUAAAUUCUCAAAGCUAUGUUACAUGGAUGACAUGGGCAUCUUUUGAGGAGGAUCAAGGAAAUUCUGUGCGUGCUGAGGAGAUUCGUAAUCUUUAUUUCCAGCAGCGUACUGAAAUUGUCGAUGAUGCUUCAUGGGUUAUGGGGCUCUUAGACAUUAUCGACCCAGCAUUUGAUAGCAUAAAGCGGUUCCUGAACUUGGACCAAAACUCAUAUUACAAGGUAAAUGAUACUUCCAGAGACAUAGCUGGAGCUAAUGACAAGGGAGAAGAAUCAGCCAGCCCUUCCUCUGAUUACAAUAAUGCAGAAAGUACUGAAAGCAGUUUUGAUUUGGAUGCUUUCAUUCUUGAAAGGCUAUCGCUGGACCCAUCCAAACUUGAUAUUCUCUUGGAAAGAACAUCUCAAAAUCCAGUUCAGAAGAAAACUAGGUCUCUGAGAAGGGUAUGGCGGUUAGAAGAUCGAACUACCACGACAUUGCCAAAGUUAUGAGUUUGAUCAUCUUAGGCUCGGGUAAUUACUCCGAAAUAGUUCAUUUUGCUUGUGAAUGUUCCCCCUUCGUUAAAACAUGAUUCAAGGUAAAUGAUCCGGAACUGCAGAGUACAUUCGUAACCGUAUGAACAUUGCGCCAAGUAGUUGCAGGGUUUUAUACAAAAAUUGUAGGAAUAUCCUCUCAAAACUGUAUCAAAUUGACACUAUCAAGGAAGAAUUAGAAUUUCAAAGCUUGGCUUGUAGUUCUGAAUGUAUUUUUGAAGGAAUACAGUAUGUGAGCAUUCUUCCAUGAACAGUGAGAUAUGUAAUUACUUUUUUUAAAUUUGUAAGGUUUUUCUUGCUUUCAAUUCAUA